AAUGCUCAGAUAUGUGUGUUAUAGUAAUUGGUAUCACAGUAAGUAAUAGACAUUAUUCUAAUAUUAAAGAUGACGUUGAAAGAAUGUGGUUGUUAAUAGCUAAGUAACAAACCAGUAGCACAGCCUGAAUUUGAACUAGAGAUUUCUUGAUUUAAAAUAAGCAGCUUUAAUUCACCACAGCAAUUUUGAACUUUUUAUUUAAAAUGUAGAAGGGUCAUAAGAUCCAGUUACUUUUUGACUUAGCCAGAAAUAAUGUUGUUAAUUAAAAAUGUGUUCAUGCUUUAUGAUUAUUCAUGGAAUGUUAUCUAAAAGUUUUGAACCAGAUAUUUUUAGAUUAGUGCGGUUUAGAUGUACUAUUUGUUAAUGAAGUUCUUUAUUUGCUUGUAGAGCUACUGCUUCUUCCACCUAAGAAUAGAAAUUGGAAACUAAUUUCAACUUCAACAAUGGAAUAUUGAAUAAUUAUUAAUCAAGCAUGUUGUUUUCUCAUCAGGGAUUUCUUUAAGGUAUGUUAGAAGGAAGUCUUUUUUAAAGUCUACAUUGUUUUCAAAAGUUCUAGGAGCAGCCAAUGAUUGUAGUCUUGUCAGUAUUAACUGAGAAUAUCAUCCAGAAUGACAGUGAAUGUAGCAAUAGACAAUGUAACAUUUAAACUAAAAGUUAUGAUUACACCUUUUACUAAAUUAGUAAAGAUAACUUUUUUCAUUCUGUAUUGACUGGGCCUUUGUGGUCUGUAAACCAUGGUCUGUAUCUUCAAGCUUCAUGUGUUGUUUGAAUCCAGCCAACUGCAAUUUUUCAAUAAACCAUGAUUAAACAAGCAAGAUAUUGUACUAUAGGUCUUCAUGUCCUUCUAAAGAAUGAGUUAAUAAUAGGACCAACCAAAAUAAUCUUAAGGUCCCGGCAAUCUCAGCUAAUGGCUUGAUAGCUGAUCUGAUGAAUGGAGGUAGAAGAUUUAUUCAUGAGUUAGGCUGUAUUGAUCUCAUACUGUAUAUAGCUGUUCUUUAAAUCUCAAGUGAAAUUUUCUUGCCUAGCAUUUGCCUUUCCCUUUAAGCACUGCAGUUACACAUGAGUAAAUAUUUCUGUUGUAACAUGAGGACCUGGAAAAUCCUAAAAAUAGGCAGAAAUCAUGGUGCUGAAAUUUAGCAGGAAAAUGGCUGAAUUAUGGUCACAUGAUUUUUACUCUUUUUUCAGAAAUUUGGGGGAAAUGUAUAACUGAAAUGAGGCUCGUUGCCACCAAAUUUUGGUUGUGUAGUCUCAGAGGCCACAUGUUUUAUGGGUUUAACAUUUGAAAUUAUAUUUUCACACAAUAGACCUACCCAAUAUAAUAUUAACUAUUGUUUAUUUAAUCCAAAUUUUUGCUUCACAAACUAUGAAUUAAACACAAGUUGGAUUUGCAAAAGCUAUUGCUAAAUACUGCCUAGUGUGUUAAUUAGUAAUUUGUUAAUAUCUGAACAUACCAUAGUUAUUGUCUAUUAUAGAUAAACAUUUAAACUGCAAUAUACUCUUUGAAUUGUGCAAGCCUAAAUAUAUCAGUACUUCCCCCCCCCAGUUUCUUUGCAUUUGUUUUUCUUCCCAGAUUGCAUUUUUUUUGCCUUUCUUUUACUUCUUAUAAAAGUGAUAGAGCAUUUUCCUUAGCAUUGUUUAUCCGUUUACAUUGUUUCAGUUUGACUAAUUUCCUAAAAUAGUGCAUUGUGCAUUGUUAAAUAACUAGAAUCUUUAGAUUGGAUUGAAUAAAAAAAUAGCCCCAAAUAAGUAUAUAAAUAACUUCCAACAUUUUAAAGCUUUAGAUAUAUUUUUAUUGUACAAUGUAGUAUGCAAACAAAAUAUUACGUUAUUUUUUUUUAAAGCUGUUGUUUAUGUAUACAAGUGAGAGGCACUUUAAUUUUAAAAGUCAGUGUGGGAAUGUCAUAGGCCCAGUUGGCUUUUACCUCAAAGGUGAGUUGUCCAUCACAUGUUGUAUGUUUGCUCCUGUUAGCAUAUGCUCUGGAUUUCCAUUUCAAGUAGCGUUAGCAAAAGAGCUGCACCUGUGAAUUCACAUUUUCUCUUUUUGCAGCAGGUUGGGGGGAGGCGAUUGCUGGACCAGGCUAUUAAUAAUAUUUUGUUACAGAGUGGGCGAGUUGUUAAAAUUAAUUUUCUUAGCAUGCUUCAGUUGCUAAUUUAUUUUAAUUUUACCGAGUAAAGGUGGCAGAACUAGGUAAAGCAAGCAUUGAUAGAAUUUCAUGGACUUCUUUGAUAUUAUUUUCUUUUGUCUUAUAUGUCAAAAAUAGAAAAUGAUAUUCACAGAGAAUAAGAUUACAGAACGCAAGAUUUUAGAAAGUUUAAGUUUAGUUUAUGGAUUAUAUAUUUAUGUUUAUUUUGUUGUAUUAUUUAUGCUUUUGAAUCAUUAGGGAUGCCUGGCAAGUGCCUGGAGUAGCCCCUGCAGUUUUCUUGGCAAGGUAUUUCAGGAAUAGUUUGCCAUUUUUGCUGAAUGAUUUCUAAAUUUGCUGAUUGAAAAAUGGUCUGAAUAUGGGAUAGUAGAAAUCUUUGCAAUGUAAUCUUAAAGAGGGGAGACGGAUAAUCAAUUUGUAAUCACUACCAAGAAGGUCGGAAGUCACUUCUUUAAUUAUCUUUUUUCUUUUUUCUACUUGUAGUGCUUUUUGUACUUUUUCUUUCAUCUUUUUUUAUUCAUUCUAACUUUAUUUUCAUGUUUAUCUUUGUUUAGUACAAAUCUUCAAUAAAAAUUAUAUCUUAAAAAAGGGAGUGAUUUACCAUUCCUUCUUUUCUGAGCUAAAAGAGAGUGACUGGCUCAAAAUCAUCCAGCCAACUUUGUGUCUAAGGCAGGACUAGAACUCAGAUGCUAGGUUUCUAGCCUGAUCCUUUAACUAUUACUUCCAGUUGGCUCUCUUGAUAUAUUCUACACCAGUGAUGGUGAAACUUUUAGAGACCGAGUGCCCCAAAACUGCCCUGGCCUGCCACCACUCUGCUCCCGCCCCCACCUCGCCCACCUGCAGGGCUACCCACCGCCUCCAUGGCCUGCUGCAGCAUAGUGCCCAGGAGGCCCUGCAGCGCCAUGGUGGCCAUGUGCUUGGCUGCGCUGGUCCACGCGGGCCGCACCAGGGGCAACUUCCCUCCGGAAUGGUGGCUGGUGAGGAGGGGGCUGCAGUGGGAAGCAGGGCUGGGGCAACGGCAUGCAUGCCCACAGAGAGGGCUCUGAGUGCCACCUCUGGCACACGUGCCAUAGGUUCGCCACCACUGUUCUACACUAUAAUACCUCAGAUGGGCUUACAGAAUGUGUGCAAAAUCCAGGACCUUUGACUGCCAAGGAAUGAAAUUUGGGGAACUUGUGGCUGCUUCAGUGUUACUGGCUUCUGCUGCACUUCUACGUUGCUUCUACUGUCAUGUGAUCUUCAUUUUUAGUGUUUUGAGACAGAUUCUCAGCCAGUCUCACAAUCCCUUCUUCCCUCCCUCCUCAUCCAGCGGCAACCACUAACCUUCCUGCUUGAAAGGGAGACAUUUAUUUAUUUAUUUGUAUCCUGCCUUUAUUAUUUUUACAAAUAAUUAAGGCGGUGAACAUAUCCAACAGACCUUCUUCCUUCUAUUUUCCCCAGAAUAACAAACCUGUGAGAUGGAUUGGACUGAGAGACUGGCCAGGAAGCCACACAAUUGGUUUCAUGCAGGACUAGAACUCACAGUCUUCCGGAAGCUUUCUAGCCUGGUGCCUUAAUCACUAGACCAAACUGGCUCUCCAAUCCGGUGUUCCCUGCCAGAUUCUCACAAGGAAGCUCAAUGGGGAAGCCAGCAGAAAGUUAAAAAAUUGCUCUUGCUUUUUUGCCUUCCUUUCAUCAUUCUGUUUCUCUGUUUUAAGUAGGGAAAUGUCUCUGAAGAGAUGAUCCAACGGGGCAUUGAUUGUCAAAUAUUAUAUACUGAUUAAUUUUGUUCUGCAUUUAAUGAUCACUAUCCUAUCGUUCUAUUCACAUUAAGGGAUAUUUCUACCAAGUCUCCCUUCUGUUUGUAAUCCCUGCAUUGUAUCUUACAUAUUUCCCCAAAAGACCUUGAUAACAUGACUGUGCCAACUAGUUUGGGGCCCCAAUGGAAGUGUGGCAGUUUGGAGGUGGGUAUUAGAGUAGAUAAUGUCUCACCUCCUUCCUAUGCACAUUUGGUUCCCUCUCUAUCCUGGUUAGUUUUAUUUUACGUGAAUUUUAUUGUUUUAAUGUUUAUAGUGCAUUUUAGUUGAAGCUGUUUAGAGUCAUCUCCUGCAAGAUGGAUGGCAUACUAGUUUAAUAAACAAACAAACAAAUUGUCAUAAGACUCUGUUGGAGUACACAAGGCUCAGGAUGGAUUAAUUAUAUAUCUAAUUAAUUUUGUCCCCUUUCAUGUGCAAGAAUGAUACUAAAAUGGCAUUGGCAUUUUCUCAUGUAUGUAUCCAUAAUGCUGAGAGGUUUCUAGCAGGCUUUGUACACAGAACCAAUUCAGAAAUUAAUUGAUUCAAUUAGUCAAUUGCCUCUAAAGGAAUUGCUGAAAGAUAGUUGUGUAGCAUUUUCUCUGUAGCUGUAGGGUAGGCAGUUCCCGGUCUCAUUUUGCUUCCUGGCUCAUGAGAUGUUUCUUUGCUUCCCAGACUAUAGAUACCAUGAUGCUUUGUUGCUGUUCCCCCCAUUAGUUUCAGGCCACUUAGCAGAGGGGCUUUGCUGCAUUCCAACAGAGUGGCAGCUGGGUUUGGGAUGGGGGUUGUUUGUUUCUUGCCAUAAAAAUGAAAUGCAGCAAGGGAGGAAGAAGAAGGAGGAUGGAGUGUUUUGCUAUUUUUAAUGUUUCCCCAUUGGCUAGUUAGAGGAGUACUGGCUCAAGAAUAGGUGAAAACAUUUGCUGAGUGCACCAUAAAAUUGUGAAAAUACUCAUAAUAGUUGGUGGGAUGGUGAAACUGGCAAUUUUGUGGAGGAGGCUUCUGUUUUUUUCCACAGAAAAAAAAAGGCAGAAGUAAACUUAAGCACAGCUUGCCAUGCAAAUAAUACCAUCUCAGUGAAUAAUCUUCUGUUGAUUUAUAUCCAAGGAAUAACUACUGUAUGUCAAAUAUUCUCUUUAUUGAAUAAUUUUUACAUGUAGUGAUAUAGGAUAUCUUAAUUAUUUUUUUUCCAAUACCAAGUACAAUAUUUAUACAUCUUUAUUCUCCUUUACAACAUAUACUACACUAGUUUUUUUUCCUUUUAACUCAGAUUCUGCAUACUCCUAUUGAAUUCUAAAAUAAUCCACAAGUUUAACUGAAGAACUGCAGCAUGUUGGUUUUCUCAUAUCUGUUCUUUUACUUGCUCUUUUUAAAACCAAUGUCUCAAGGCAUCUAUAAUAUUAAAAACUUGACACAGUAACAUGGAUUUGGAUUGUUUUAUAAAAACAUUACAUACAUUAAUUGAUUUAACUGAAAUGUGUACUACAGUAAAAGAUUUUGGCUUAUGCAUUGAUGCUGAGUAGUUAAGUCUUUGCUGAAAUACUUUGCUUUCAGCAUUUGUAAAUAAACUUGACAUGUGAGUAUAAAUAUCUAGAGGGAUUUGAAUAGAUUCCAUUAACUCCAUUUGCUUGAAGAUGUGCUGUUACAGAGGCUGGCUGAUUAAAUGAACUUCCAUUGAGGCAUGGAUUUUUCUUUUUUUACGUUUGAAAGCUUGCUUUUAAAAAACACCUCAGCCUCAAACCACAUAAAAAAUCUCAAGCACUUUGGACAGUGCUCGGUCAUAAUACAGCAUACUAGCAGGAAAUACCAGUUUAUCUGGUUUUAAUUAUUAAGCAUCCACAAUGCACAUUCAAAACAUAAGAAUAAAAAUGCCUCUUUCAUUUAAUUUAUAAGGAGCAAUUGUGGUCAGAGCAAACACAAAGGGAGUACUUUCUGAAAAAAAAUGGCUGCUAAGUAAUUUCUGUUUUUUUUUCAAGCAAUAUAGAUAGAAGCAGUACUGUAUAAUUAGGAUUUUUAGUCAUUAGACUGUACUAUACAUUGAUCCCUUAGUGUUAUGUGACUUUAACCAAUCAGUGUCACAUUUGUUUGUGUUCAUUUUCCUUUUUUCUGCAAUAGGAAGCAUUUGGAUGGAGAAAUAAUUCAAAUUACAAGGUUCCAAGCUUGACAGGGUUCUUGGAAACCUGAAAGAGGGAAUCUUAUUAAGCAUACAAUUUGUAAUGUAAUACAGAUAAAGUAGGAGACAACAAAGUGUGUAAGUUCCUAAGCAUGCAUCAAACUUUGACAAUGAAUUCAUUGGGUGAAUUAAUAACUAAGAAUUGCUGAAUUUAAGAAGUUGGAAAGGGAGGAAAUAUUUAGGUCAACCAACUCCACUCAUAUGUCAAACCGCCAAGGGAUUUGUUUACAGUAACACCAUGUGAUAUUAAACUCUUGAAGCUAAUAAUCUAAUGUGAUCUAUAUUGUGCAUAAUUCAACUUACUGGCUCAGCGGUAAAAAUGUCUUUAAACAAAAAGCUAGGUUUCUGUUGCUGGGAUAAAGAAGGUAGACUAAUUAACUGAAGACUGCAGUUUUGGUGCCUGCUUCAUAUUUCACCUUUUAAAACAAACCUUCUCUCCCCCCCCCCUUCCUUCUUGUUACAGGUUGCUAUGGGAAUCUUAUGAUAAUCUGAGAGGAAGUAAAUCCUGAUAAUAUUGCAGUUAUUCAUGAUGUGCCUAGAGUGAAGAGGAAGGAAAACACUUCAUAUAUCUAAGUGCCAAGGCUCUGCUGUGUCAUGGCUACAGACUCUGGUGAAUCAGCCAGCACUGAGGAAUCAGAGAAACCUGAUGGAGUUUCUUUGGAAUGUAUGAAUCUUUCUGCUGAUGCUACUUUGACCAUGGAGGCCAGGACCAAAGAACGUGUUAGCACACCUGCCUCUGGGGCAACUGUAGAAAGAAAAAGGUUUUUCCGAAAGAGUGUGGAGAUAAUGGAGGAUGAAAAGGACUUGGAACUUACUCCACGCAAUGAGCAAGAACAAUUUAUCUUGGGGGAUCAGAGAAUGAUCCAUCUUUCCGCCACUACCCUUGUGGCCGAGCAAGAGGCCAGAAAUGAGCAAAACUCAAAGGCGAUUAUGGAAGCCACGAAGGAAAGGAUGAAGAAGGAGAUAGAAGAGGAGGCAGAGAUGAAGGCUGUGGCUACAUCACCUGGUGGAAGAUUUCUGAAAUUUGACAUUGAGUUGGGAAGAGGAGCUUUCAAAACUGUCUUCAAGGGUCUGGACACAGAAACCUGGGUAGAAGUUGCUUGGUGUGAACUGCAGGAUAGGAAGCUUACCAAAGCAGAACAGCAGAGGUUUAAAGAAGAAGCUGAAAUGCUGAAGGGGCUACAACACCCCAACAUUGUUCGAUUUUAUGAUUCUUGGGAAUCAACGGUUAAAGGAAAGAAGUGUAUUGUAUUGGUAACUGAACUGAUGACAUCUGGAACACUGAAAACGUAUUUAAAGCGUUUCAAACUCAUGAAGCCAAAGGUGUUAAGGAGCUGGUGCCGACAGAUUUUAAAAGGGCUACAUUUUCUGCACACAAGGACUCCUCCUAUCAUCCAUCGUGAUUUGAAAUGUGACAACAUCUUCAUCACAGGACCUACUGGUUCAGUGAAGAUAGGGGACUUGGGACUUGCCACCUUAAUGCGCACCUCAUUUGCAAAGAGUGUUAUUGGAACUCCUGAAUUCAUGGCUCCUGAGAUGUAUGAAGAACAUUAUGAUGAGUCGGUGGAUGUCUAUGCUUUUGGAAUGUGCAUGUUAGAGAUGGCAACUUCUGAAUACCCAUAUUCUGAAUGUCAGAAUGCAGCUCAGAUCUACAGAAAAGUAACCAGUGGCAUUAAACCUGCUAGUUUUAAUAAAGUGACAGACCCAGAAGUAAAAGAGAUCAUUGAAGGCUGCAUUCAGCAGAAUAAGUCUGAAAGGCUAUCCAUCAAAGACCUCUUGAACCAUGCUUUCUUCGCGGAAGACACGGGACUCAGAGUGGAGCUGGCAGAGGAAGAGGAGGAUGGGCUGCAUCCCUCUUUGGCUUUGAGACUUUGGGUAGAAGAUCCCAAGAAGCUGAAAGGAAAGCACAAAGACAAUGAAGCAAUAGAGUUCAGUUUCAAUGUGGAAACAGAUAUCCCAGAGGAAGUGGCUUGUGAAAUGGUAAAGUCGGGAUUCUUCCAUGAAAGUGAUUCCAAAGCUGUGGCUAAAUCCAUUCGUGAUCGUGUCACCCUAAUCAAGAAGACACGGGAGCAAAGGCAGGUGGGCAACCUGGAGGAAAGGAGGGACUCCCAAAGUCAGCUUCCAAGUGGACUCCCCUUACUUCAGCCACAAGGCUCAUCGUUCACCCCACCUUCUCAGCCAAGCAAGACGGAGUGUGAGGAAACAGAAGUUGAUCAACAUGCCAGACAACACAUCCUUCAACAAAUGCAGCACAGCUUUUCCCUCACUGCUGACAACUUGUCUGAGAGAGGAGCAGGAUCAGUUAUACUGUCAGAUGCCUCUAGCCAACAUAAUCUGGCAUUUUCCUCGGAACACAUGAUGGGCACCCAACAAGUCCCCAAUCUCUCACAAACUGAAAACAGCAGUGCUCAAGGACAAAUAUAUACUUCUCAACAGCUGAUGGGGCAUUAUCAGUCCAAUGCAGGGGUGCAGCCAGUGUUGCCAACAAAUGUGGCUCACCCCAGUGUUUUACCAUUAAUCCAGAGUCAGCCUUCUGGUCUACCUACUCACAAUUUGGCACCUCCUGCAACUCUCCAAGCCCAAACCUCUCCUCUUACAGCUCAGCAAUUCCCAUCAAGGAUGCCUCCAGAUUCCCAAGUAUCCUAUAGUGCAGAAAGUCAGACUUUGGAUGGAUCCAUCAUGGGAGUUCCUCAGCAGAUGUUGACAAUAACUUCUCCUCAGAAUAUACCUGCCUCACAGGUGGGAAAUCAACACAUGCCAACAAGCAUACAGUUAACCUCUGCUGCUAGACUUAGUAGUCAGGCUACAGCUGCUGUGGGAUCAGUGGAAUUAGAGACUGCUUCUGCCAAUUUGGUAUCUGCCAGUCAGUCCCCUGUGCUACAUGGGCAGCCUUCAGUUCAAUUUGUCAACAACAUGCAAGUUCUUCAGUCGGUUCCACAAGGUGUUAGACUUAUUCAACAACCCAAGCAACUUUCCCAGCAGGUGCCAUCAACACAGCAACUACAGCAAGUUUCUGAGCAGGUGGCAUCUAUGCAGCCAAGUCAGCAAAUAGUUCCACAGGUGACAUCUUCACAGCAGGUUUCUCAGCAAAUUGCAGCUAUGCAGCAGAUACCCCAGAACCUAAUGGCAAUGCAGCAGUCUCAGCAAGUUCCCCAGCAGGUAGCAUCCAUGCAGCCACCUCAACAAGGGGUGCCCUUGCAGCAACCACAGCAAAUUCACCAGCAAGUGAUGCCUAUGCAGCAGUCUCAGCAAGUUCCUCAACAAGCGACAUCUGUACAACAAACCCAAGUUGUUCCACAUGGAGCUUCUACCCAGCAGAUUCUAGAGCAGCCUCAGAAAAUUUCCCAACAGGCAGCCUCCAUACACCAGCCUCAGCAAGUUCCUCAGCAAAUUCUCCAACAAGUGGCAUCCAUACAGCCACCACAGCAAGUCACAUCAGUGCAGCAGCCCCAGCAGAAUCCUCAACAAGUAACAUCCACACAGCAGCCCCAUCAUAUUCCUCAACAGAUGCCACAACAAGUGACAUCCAUACAGCAACCACACCACAUCCCUCAGCAAGUUCAACAGCAGGUGACACCCUUACAGAAAUCACAACAAAGUCCUCAACAGGCAGCAUCCGUACAACAGCCUCAACAGGUUCCACAACAGGUGACACCCAUACAACAGCAGCACAUUAUACAGCAGAUGACACCCAUACAGCAGCCACAACAAGGUCCUCCCCAGGCAGCGUUUAUACAGCAGCCACAGCAUAUUCUUCAACAAGUUCCACAGCAGAUGACACCUGUACAGCAACAACAAGGUCCUCAACAGGAAGCAUCUAUACAACAACCGCAGCGCAUUUUUCAGCACGUUCCACAGCAGAUGGCACCCAUACAACAGCCACAACAAGGUCCUCAGCAAGCAACACCCAUACAGCAACUACAGCAUAUUCCUCAGCAGGUGACAUCCAUACAGCAGCCACAACAAGGUCCUCAACAAGAGGCAUCUAUACAACAACUACAGCAUAUUUUCCAGCAUGUUUCACAGCAGGUGGCACCCAUACAGCAGCCACAACAAGCAACAUCCAUACAGCAACUACAGCAUAUUCCUCAGCAGGUUCCACAGCAAGUGACUCCUAUGCAGCAACCACAACAAGGAUCUCAACAGGCAGCUUGCAUACAGCAGCCACAACAUAUUUCUCAGCAGGCUCCGCAACAGGUGACUCCUAUGCAGCAACCACAAGUAUCUCAACAAGCAGCAUCCACACAGCAACUACAGCAUAUUCCUCAGCAGGUCCCUCAGCAGAUGACACCCAUACAGCAGCCACAGCAUAUUCCGCAGCAAGUGGCAUCUAUACAGCACCCACAACAUAUUCCUCAGCAGGUCUCACAGCAGGUGACACCCAUACAGCAGCCACAACAAGGAUCUCAACAGGCAGCAUCCAUACAGCAACCACACCAUAUUCCUCCCAUACAACAGCAAAAGCUUAUUCCACAACAGGUGACACUUAUGCAGCAGCCACAACAAAGCUCUCAACAGGUGCCAUCCGUACAACAACCACAGCAUAUUCUUCAUAUUCCACAGCAGGUGACACCCAUACAGCAGCCACAGCAGGUUCUUCACAUUCCACAGCAAGUGACAUCCACACUGCAGCCACAGCAGGUUCCUCAACAGGCAGCAACCAUACAGCAGUCACAGCAGAUGGGAACUGUUCAGGCACAACAAGGUCCUCAACAAGUGUCAUCUAUACAGCAGCCACAGCCAGUUCCACAGCAGGUGAUAUCUAUACAGCAGCCACAGCAAGGACACCCACAAGUUCCACAACAGGUGGCAUCCAUGACUCAACCCCAGCAUUCUCCUCAGCAAGUUCUGCAGCAGGGGACAUCAAUGCAAAUGGCACCGGGGCUGCAAUCUCAGCAAGUUGCCAAUCAGCAGAUGGGAUCCCUGCAGAUUCCACAGCAGGUAGCCUCCAUGCAGCAAGUUACACAGCAUGGGGCAUCCUCGCAGCAACCUCAGCUGGUUCCCCAACAGGUGGCAUGUGGGCAGCCAGCUUCACAAUCUCAACAUAUGGUGCCCGUUCAUCAGGUCUCCACUGUAUCACAACAAAUGAUGCAGCAGGUCUCACAGUGCCCAGAAAUAUCCCUAGAUACUUUGGGGCCUCAACAAGAGCAGCAUAUUACUCAGAUACACCAUUCUACAAAUCAGCAUCCUUGUGUAAUGCAACAUAUGUUAUUUCAUGUGCCUCCGCAACAGCAGAAAGAAGAGCAGUUUGUUCUCCAUUCGAAUUCCAAAGAUCAGUUGCCAGCUGUCUCUCAGCAAGACAUGGAAAUGCAUCAACAAUCUGAAUUCUCAGGUUCAACUUCAGAAAAGGUGGCUUAUCCCAUCCAGACCCAGUAUCAGUUGCAAAUCCAGGAACAAAUGAUAUAUCCAGCACAAUCCCCACACAAGCCACCAGUUUCAGAGCAGCUGAAACAGCAGCUAGAGCCAACUAACCAGCUGCAGGGUCCAGAGCAAGCAGCAUGUCAGAUGCAUGUUACUUACGCAGCACAGGGCUCAAAUCAGGCGCCGUGCCCAGAGCCAUUGGUUUAUGCAGGUUCUGGAGGAUAUUCAGGACAUUCUUUGGACCAGUCAGCAUAUGUUUAUCAAGGGCAGACAGCAUAUAUAACUCAGCCAACAUAUACUGCUCAACCUCCAGAGAUCCAGCAAGCUCAUUUAGCAGUACAGAAUACUGAUCAACCAGGUUUUGCUGUGCAUUUACCUGAUCAAUCUUUACAUCUGUCGAAGGAUGGAGAUGCUGGCCAUAUGGAAUUGCAGAUUUGUUCAACACAAUCCACAAAAACCCACGACUACCCUUCUGAGUCACAUCUGCCUGAGCCAACAAUAUAUCUUACUCAGCAAGAUUCUGGCAUAGGCCACCAGCAGCUGCAUCCACCACAUGUGGCACAUAAAAUUGCAGAAGGACAACAGUCAGAGCCACAAGCAUCUUUUGUCUCAUCUCAGCUAUCUUUCACGCCACAAAUGCAGCCGCAGCCUUCUUAUCAGGAGUUUAGCCAGCAGCUUAUUACUCAGUCGCACAAAGCCACAGUCCCACAGUCUGCCCUAGAAACAGUACAGACUAUAACUUCUGUAUCAGAACUGCCAGAACAAGCUUAUACAAUGCAACAAUCUUUAGAUGUGUCAGGAAUGUUGAAUCAUGCUCCUCUCCUCCAGCAGUCUCAGACAUUUCAACCAGUUGACAAUAACCAACAGUUUAUUCCUCCACCAGUACAACCAACAUACAUUCAACAGCAGCCAGUAUGUCAGAAGUCAGUUUUACCUGCAGAAUUGAUUGUCCAGGAGCAGAUGCCUUCUAAGAAUUCUAUUGCAGCUUCUUUGAACCAGCAAAUAGCAUUUACUGUUAUGAACCAACCGAACCAAGAGUAUCAUCAAGGAGAAGACAUCCCACAGGUUUCCAUCUCAGUAUCAGAUGAACAUGAGCAUCAGUCAGCAGUUCAAAAACAAGAGUCUAUUCAAGGCUCAGUUCCCGACCUUCCAAAGGAAGCUGGGACUGGCUGUGACCUUCCAGGUGGGAAUGGUAAGCAAGACAAGAGCAAACAGAGAAGGACCUCCUGUGCCCGACCAGAGAAGGGAACCAAAUUUCAACUCACUGUGCUGCAGGUGUCAACAUCUGGAGACAAUACUGUUGAGUGCCAACUUGAAACGCACAACAACAAGAUGGUUACAUUUAAAUUUGAUGUUGAUGGAGAUGCUCCAGAGGACAUAGCUGAUUACAUGGUUGAAGAUAAUUUUGUAUUGGAAAAUGAGAAGGAUAAAUUUGUUGACGAACUGAGAGCUAUUGUUUGCCAGGCUCAAGACAUCAUUUCUAGUCUUCCUAUUGAAGAACGAGCCGCUGGCAUGGAAUCUGCUCCUUCUGAUCCAAAUAACGGCCAAGCAGGACCUUCUGAACAAGUUCAGAUAAACCCAGCAUCUACUCAAAGUGGCAGUGAUGCUGCUCCCCAGUCAUCCCCUGUUGGCCGCUGGAGGUUUUGCAUCAACCAAACGAUAAAGAACAGAGAAACCCAGACGUCUUGUACCCCAGUAGAGUCAAUGAAUAGUGUUGAAGGAUCUCAGACCGCAGAUUGCAUAAAGGAAAGUACAAAAGAAGAGAGACCCAAUGAUUGUCCACAAGUUGUAGACAAUCUUAGUAACCAACAUAAAUUUAGCCCUUCUUUCAGCUCAGAGGAUUUGACAAAUGACAGUGUGAUAUCUGAACCCCAAAUUUUGGAACCUGAACAUUCAGCUCUUUCUCAUGAAGCAGAAGGCAGCACGGAUAAAUUACCAUCUGUCUCUACAGGUGACAAUAGUGACGUUACUACUUACGAUUCCGAGGCUUGGCUGGACCCUUUGCCAGCAGAGACUCAGUCUAAUGGAGCUCCCCUAUCUUCAUAUGUACCUCAUCCAGCAUCUGUUGCGAAUGAGUUGAAUUUGUCCACAGAAGCCUUUGAAUCCAAACCAACGUCUUGUCAGACUUUGACCACUGAGGAAGCAGAACAUGUAAUAAACGCUGAGCAAGGAGCUGCUUUGGUGCAGACUCCAAGUCAGGAAGGAAUUCUCUCCACAUCCAUUCUGGAGUCAGACAGUGAGGGCCCUCCUAAGAUGGAGUUUGUUGAUAACAACAUCAAAACUCUGGAUGAAAAGCUGCGGACACUUCUGUAUCAGGAACACAGCUUGUCAGGCACUUCUCCCGAGAGCCAGAAAGACACACAAAGUGCAGUGGAGUCUCCAUUUUCCUCAUCUGCUGAAGAUACUUUCCCUUUCCCAGGACAUGAAACACAAGACGCUAAUUCCCCCCAAGAGAUCGAUCCUCAAGCUGCACUCAUUCCAUCCGAAAGUCAUCCUGAUAGCUUGCCAGUGAUGAGGCAAGAGGCCAAGGUUAUUACUUCUGCUCCCAGGGAUUUCUGCAGACAUGAGAUGUCCUUGGAGACUUCAUUUCCUGAGAAUCCUGUGGCUUGUCCUGCUUCAGAAUCAAGUGGUGGAGCUGUGCACCUGCAUGCAGGAGAGGACAUGACUGCUGAUGUUGCUCCUGAUUGGAUUUCUCUUUCUGAGCAAGCAAUCAGAGAGAAUAAAGUAUCUGGUCAUUCUAAAUCUGGAGCUGGAUCAUUCCAGCGAGGCAGGUUUCAGGUCAUUACAGUUCCACAACAGUUGUCCUCAGGUGUUUCAGAAAGUGAACUCUUUGAGAUGUCUCCUUCCUUGGAGCUUGGAACAGAAGAAGGCUGUCCUAGAGGAAAAGAAAUGGCUACCUUGCCCAGUGCCAUGGGUGAAAUUGAUGCACGUUGCACUGCCACGGAACAGCAGGAAGUGGAGGAGACCUCUGCUACCGCAAGCAGUGGGCAGUCCUGCUCAGAGCUAUGGUUGAGAGGGGAUGUGAUCCAGAAGCAGCCUAGCUCUGACAGUGAACUGUCUGCACCUAUGGGUGGUGGCAGCCUAGAAGGCUGGGAGUCAAACCAGCAGUCUCAAGAGGAAAGGGGCGGCACCCACCCAAAGAGGCGUAGUUCUCUUUUUUACUCUGCAUCUUCCCCAAUGAGCAGUGAUGAUGAAUCUGAAAUUGAAGACGAGGACCUGAAAUUGGAGUUACAGCGUUUGCGGGAGAAGCACAUCCAAGAAGUAGUCAGCCUGCAAGCUCAGCAGAACAGGGAAUUGCAGGAGCUAUAUGAUCGUCUCCGCUCCAUCAAAGACAGCAGGUCAGAAUCCUCUGACAUCUCCCUGCAACUGUCGUCCCCAAGACGGCCUAAAUCUUUCAAAAGCAAGCUGCGCAGUCGGCCACAAUCACACUCUCAUGUUGACAAUGGCAUUGUUGCUGCUGAAUGCUGUUGUGCAACCACUGCUGCCUCUGUGAUUGACUAUCAAUUGAGCAUUCAAGCCCAUUUGCUGCACCAAAGCUGUUCACAAGCAGAAACUAACCAAGAACAACUCUGCAUCGUGAGUAGCACUGCCUCUUGUCAGCAGACAACAGCCAGUAAAAAAGGAAUGUUCACAGAUGAUUUGCAUAAACUGGUGGAUGACUGGACUAAAGAAAAAGUGGGAAACUCCCUCAUCAAGCCAAGCCUCAAUCAAAUCAAACAGAACAAGCACCGGCUGGAUAGUGACAGCUGGAGCAAAGUCUAUGAGACAACAACCUCUACUGUGGGCUACACCUCCACAUGGAUUUCCUCACUUUCCCAGAUCCGUGGGACUGUACCAGCUGCUUUACCCCAAGGACUUCCCCUGUCACCCUUUUCUGGCACACUAUCGCCAUAUGGAAUACCACAUUUGUGCCAGUAUAACACCAUCGCGGGAACAACUUACCCAGUGCAAUGGAUGGGCAUUUCUGGGACAACUCAACAAUCUGUCGUGGUCCCUGCCCAGACAGUGGGACCCUUUCAACCAGGGAUCAGCAUGCCAGCAUUUCCAGCAUCACCCGUGCAAAACCCAGCUCCCAUUCCCCCAAGUCCCAAAUGAAGAUGAAUAGCAAAAGGAUGCUCGAUAUGGGGACUGUGCCUAUCUCUCAUGACUCCAUUCCUCUGCCUUGCAUUCUGCUGCCUGGAUUUGGGGGUGAAUUCCCCAGUGCAGUGAUGUGGGAAUGGUAGGAGAUUGUUUUUGCAUUCUCCUCUUUGAAUACUUGAUUUCAUUUUCUUUAGGGGAUUUUUUUUUUUAAGUACUUGAGAGAGCUUCGGCCUGUGCAUCUCUUUGUUUCUGAGAUGGACAGCAUGCCAUGUGCUGCUUAUUAAUAAGCCUUCCCGGUCAUUCCUGCCCCAUAUCCCACGUUUGCUUUUGUGACAACUGUUUUUGAAGUUGGUAGUUACUCUUCUUGGAUUGUACACUUACUAGCAUUUGAAUUAAUAAUUUACAGAGUGGAAGGGAUCAGUGGAGAAGAGUGACAUUUAUAUUUGCAUUACUGUUACGUUUCCAUUUAGUUUCAUUGGCAGCUCAGACUACAGGCUAGCUAAGGAUAAAAAAAAUAUAUUUGUAGUUUGUUUAUUUGAAUUCUAUUGUAAACUCUUCCUUCCUCUGUCCCAGAGAUAGGCCUUUUGGAAGUGAAGCCCUGCUGAAAGAAGAGGCAUAUAGCUGCUGCCUUCUCUUUGAUUUGGGAAAGCUGUCCUGGACAAUUCAGAACUAGUAUUUGUAGAAUGCAACUAGAUGUCCUCACACACACUGUAUUCAGUAGAUACAUUGGAAUGUUGGCCUGGUUUAUUGUACCUGUGUUUGGGACUCUGAGUUUUUUAAAGCUUAUUUUGCAGCUGAUACAAAUCUUAUAUUAUGGAGUGGGGGGGGGGAGGAGGUAGCAUUGGAAAGGGUGGGAACUAGGGCUGGGGGACUAUUGUGCGCCUUUUUUUUUAAACUUGUCCCAUCUUGGCCAUUUUCGCAUCAUUUGUGAUCCAUAUUCAACAUUUCUUUAGUUGUUGGAAAAAGAUUAUAAAUUGAAACAGGGUCUAGUGCACAUAGUUUUUGCAUUUAAUGGAUUGCCUUACAGCAGAAAGUGAAAUACAGUCUCCUAGUUUAGAUGCCUAGUGUUGUUUCUCAGAGCAUUAAAGUUUUUAGUGUUUACUGAAUUUGAUUGCCAAGGUGCAAGAUCCAUCUUUACAUUUACAAAUUUGUGUGUAUGGCAGUAAGGAUAUGGUGCUGCAAUCACUCACAUGUGGCAGGCUUUCUGUUUUUUUAGUGACAUCUAGUGCUGCUAAUUGGAUGUCAUGUAAAGAAAAGUCUAAAAUUUACCAGUUCAAAAUCCUUAAGAAAUAUAAAAAUUUGCUAAAUAAAGAGGCAUCCUCCCUUGGAGGUGUAUAUCUCAUAUAAUCACUAAUUUUAGCAACUGUAUUUCAGCUGCCAUGUGAAUAUUGCCAUUAUAAUUUCAUCUUGAUAGAGAAUUGGCUUAGUUUAAUGGUACAUGUUUAACUUAAUUGGCUGUGAACUCCUGGUAUGAUGGAGGUCAUAAUUCAUUGGAGCUAACAUUCCUUGUUUUCUAUAAUACACAACCAGUUUGUUCCUUUCUUGUUGGAAAUUGUAUUCUUACGUGCAUUCAGAGGUUGCUUCCUUGGUUGCAAGUCUUUCAAGCACUUGCUGAAAUACCAUCUAGCUCACUUUCCCUCUUCUUUACUUUGGAAUGAAAAUUGCCAUGCUUUAUUUUAAAUUCAGACUUAAAUUACUGUCUUUUGGAUAUUAAAACUGCCAUUUUUGCAGCUGUCUGAUAUUUUGAGCAAGCAAUAGGUUUAAUUUCAUGAAAAUUAAGACAGUAUUUAAACUUCAAGUGACUGAAUGUUAUCUAAAAGACCACAUUUAAAUCUGAAAUUAAUAUACUAUUUGGUUUAAUGGUAUUGUGGCCAGGAAUAUCAAGAGUUGCUGCAGAUUAUUUUAUUUAAAUCAGUUUCAGACACCAGCUACUUGUUUUUUGUAAAACAGCAUCUGUAGUCUUAGUGAUAUAUUAUAUAGACUAUAUUUCUCCCCUCUGCAUUCUGGACAAAGAUUCUGCUUGUUGUUUAAUGCAGCCUCUUUGUUCGGCCUGCAAGAUUUGCAGUGCCUUGUAAUGGAUAAUCUUAGUAUCUUUUCAGAUUUUUACUGGAAAGUUGAAAAAAAAUAGUUUUAGUCUUUUGAUGCUUGAAAAGUACAUUGCUGAUUUGCAGCAGUAAAAUCAUAUAUAACUUAAAGUUUCAGUUUGAAGAACUUAGGCAAGAACAGUGUUAUUUUUUAAAAAGACAUACAUAUGAUUUGUGGGAAAAUCAGUGGAGCAAUUUCCAUGAGCAGAAGCAGCUUCCACUCACAGAGCAGUUGAGAGGUGAUUAUACCUCUUCCUACAGCCCCAUCUGUGCCUUUAUAAUCUGCUCCAUAAGGAGGGGGAGGGCACAAAAUGAGCAGACAACUGAUUAUAUGACAUUUACUUCCAUCUUUUUUUUUCCACUUUAAACUCUUUUAAAUAAACUCUUGUCAGCAAUUCACUUUGACUUGUAUGAAAGCAUAAAAUGUUGUAUUCUAGUUUGCUGUUACGUAAAAAUGCAAACUGCUAGUAAGUACCCAUGAGGGUCUUAAAGGAUGGUUUAUCUAUAUUAAAGGUCCCUAGCUCAUUUAGCUCUCUCAGGCACACAAAUAUACGAAUUGUUUUUCUGUUAUGAAGUGAAAAUGUGGUGUAACACUGGUGCAUUUGUGCAAUCCUGAUUAUUGAGUAAACCGUAGAGUAUACUUCAGUGUUGGAGGGAAACCAGUGUAACAAUAGCAGAUAUAUAUAUAUAUACUGUAUAUAUCAGGGUCACUUUGCUGCCGAUUUUUUUGUAGAGGACAGGGUCAGUUUAAAGUGCUGUAUGGUGCAAGGGUAUACAUUGAAUUCCCACUUUCCCUACUUCACAAAAUAGCCUCUCCUUGCUGCUUUUCUCUUGGUGGAAUUUUGAAACCAGGGUAUUCCCACUUGCAAAAAGCAGUUUUGAAGAGGAAAAAUUGGGCACCUCUUGCCUUGCCCAUGCCUUUUCUAAUUCAAUUCCUGAUUUUCAUGUAGAACUGGCACAACCCAUAAUCUGACAUAGUUUGUCUCAGUUGAGAAUUACAACAUAUAUUGCUUCUUUAUUUAAAAAAAUGUAGACAUCACAAACACAGACAUGAGACUUUUAGUUUAUUAUGUUAAAAAACAUUUAUAACAAAAUAAAAUACCCCAUUUAGAUCAAAUUAGGCUACAGAAAAAAGUUUAAAAUCCUGCUUAUACUGUUUAAAGUAUGGAGCCUGGGACUUUUUAACAUCAGGAAAUUGUACAACUGAACAAUAGUAGGCAAGGGAAAAUAAACCUUAAUUUACAUGGAUCAACUGUUAGAUUUACCUAGCCUUUUUCUUCUUGGGUGGAAUUCAGAAAUAACUUGGAAUUGAAGUCAAGCAGAAAUUUGGCAUAAUACGCAUUUUGCAAACAAUGAGAACAGACCUAUUUUCUGUAUGUGGAUAGCAAGGGUGAGUGAAGGAAAUGCCUCUUAAGUAAAGCUUAGAUACAGAUUUUGCAUUUAGUCUUUUCUUCUUUUGCUUUAAGUAGAAUUUCCUCAAGGAGUCCACUGUUUUAUAAUUGACAGGAGCAGGCUUUCUUUGAAGCCUUGAGGAAUUGGGAAAUCCUUAUGUGGCUUUUCUUUCUACUGAUAAGAGAAUGAAAGUGAUAUUCAUGAAGUAACUUGUUUGACACUUCAAAAUGGCCACAUCUAUUCAAAACAGUACCGUGUAUCUAAUUUCAGUUUAAGCUGGAAUUAGAUGCUAAGUAGUUGCUGCCGAUAACCACAUCCAUACUUUCCCCUGCUUAUUAUUUUCAUAAGCCUUACCAAUAUAGAACAUAUGAUCUAACUUAAUUAUGUGCUGAGUUUCUUCAUUUCAAGUGGAAAAGCAUAAUGAGAUUGUGUUAUGCUGUGGAGGGAGGGGAGAGAUGUGGAUUGGCAUCCUUUUAUAAAGUUUACUUCCUGUCUUCAGUGGCCAGAGUUCAGAGAAGGUGACACGGCCAAUGUGUUAACUGUGAUGUGGAUAGUAAUUUACUCUGCCCCCAAAAGUCUCAGAGGUUUUGAUUUCAUAGGUUUUUGAAACAGUACCAAAAACUUUGUAAACACAGGCAAUAUUAGUAUUACUAUAUCUUUAGUUUGGGGGAAAAGAUAAAGAAACCGGAUUCUUUCUAGUUGGAUUGCCCCCAUCUUUGAAGUUACGUAAAGGCACCGGCAAUGGAGGAAACACAGAUACUUACUAUGUUUAUGUAUUUUUGAGUCUCUGCGUUUAAUGUGAAACAUUUACUGCCCAGUUUUUCUUCUCUUCCCUGUUGUUUUCAUCGUGUUUCUCUUUGAAGCAUGCACCCUCUUAAAAAGAAAUCAAACUGUGAAUUUGGUUUGGGGGGAUGUUUUGAAAGGCACUUUUCUGCUGUGAAGCUUGAGCCUGAGUUGUAUGAUAUGAAUGGAAUGUAUAAUUUUAAUAACUUUGUGGAUUUUUAGUAGUGUUCAAACUGAAUUGUUUUCUUUGUUGAAAUUUCAUGUUUCUUACCUACCUCAUUUGUUAGUGCUGUUUAAAUCUAGGCUGUGGCAUAAACAAUGUAUUCUACUGUUUCUGUCUGUUUAAAUUUGAUACAGUGUUUUGGCACAUGCUUUUUCACUCUCACUCUCCUGGUUGUUGUUGUUUUUUUUUUUUUUUUUGUAACUUGGCACAAGCAGCUCAUUCUGUUUGCUGUUUUAACCAGGAUGUUUAAUGUUCACAAAGAAAAUUUAACAAGUUUAUUCAUCAACCUGAGUAUAACAUAAUGACAGAUGAAUGAAAAGAACAGCUCCAUGCAUUUUUUCUAGAGUAUAUUCCAACUGGUUACAGCAACUUAGCAAGGAGUGUGACUGACUGCCUCAUCUGUCUUCCAUUACCCAAGGUACCACCAUCUAAGUGGGAAAAACAAGAUUUACUUUCUUUAUGAAAGAAUUUCUCUCACAGAUUGCUUGGAAGGAGUAUGGACAAAUUUCUUAGGUGUUAGAUUUGUUAGCUCUUAACUGAAGUUGAUGGAUCAAUGGGAGUGAGACCAUACAAGCUAUAGAUUUAGCCUAAAAAGUCCCACUGCAAAUUCCUUUUAUCCUUCCUUUCUGGUAAGCAUAUUGCAUUUUCUGUUUACAUUAGCCCUAGAUUCAAGCAUGAUUUAAUGCUAAAAACAUGGGUUGCUGUUCAAUCUUUAAUAAAUCCAUUACAAUUUGUGCUGACAUUAAGACUCAUAUAAGGAAUAUGUGUGUAAGAGGGAGAAUACCAAACAUGGAUUCAUGUCUUCGCAAAGUUUAAGGAUCAGGUGUGUUUCACUGGCAAAGGGACUUUACACAGUAAGUUUAGGAGAGAAAACAUGAAACCACAUUCAGGCAGUAAACUCAUAUAUUCCUUUUUAAUUCUCAAACUCAGAAACAUUGCUAUAAAAAUUCUGUCAUGCUUCCAGAUUGCAUUGUCAAGAAAAACUAGUUGAUUUAAGUAGUAUUUUUUAGUUUAUUGGUCCAGCUGAACAUUUCACUUACAAAACUUAUACAGCUAAACUUAUUUUAGGGGAUCAAACAAACUUUCAUCACUUUCCUUUAAAAAAAAGGAAUUGUGAUUAUUUUGAGUAGCAUAAUUAACUCUCAGAACCAAAUAGCAUAUUGCAUUUAUACAGUUAUUCCCAAUGUACACAAUAUAUGUUAUGAUUCUACUAGCUGCCUUAGAAUUAAAGUGCAAUGAACAAGAGUCUUAGCAUACCUGUUUUUAACUAACCUCUUUGUGCAUAUACGUUUCCUUGAAGUUAAUGGAACUGAGCCAAUUUAAAUUAGCAGUGGUUCUAGCAUUUAGCAUGCUGGAAGAAUUCAAUCAUUUCUUAAUAGUUUUCUUCCUUCCAUUACAAUAAUUAUAUCAUAGGAAUUUCCUAAAUUGUUCGUGUCAUUAUUUCUUUGAUUGCAAGAGUAAUAAAGUAUUGUUUGGGAAGCCAAUUCUCACAGGAAUACAGUUGUAGCAAGUACCUUAUAUUUUACAACAUGGCAAACUGUUUUUUCUGUAGUGAAAUGAUCCACAUACCAAAUACUAAAUAGCCCUCAGUGAUAGGCAAUGAAUUACAAAACACUCUACCCAAGUCUGAAUGUGUUCUUGCCUUUUAGAUGUCCAGCUGAUCCCUUGAGGCUAUCUGUCCAGCAUUUUAUUCAGCUAUUUUUUCUCUCUUAUUUCCAUUGACAAAAGAUGGUAAGUGCAGGAGGACAGCAAAUAGUAUCUUUGAGAGUUGUAGAAAUGUACAUCCAGGUUGUUAUACGUGAAAUUAGGUACAUGAACAGCUGGAUAGUAGAGCUCCUAGUUGCCGCAGAUUUAAUUUACUUCCAGGUAUCAGUUUCUGUUCCACUUUUAAAGCAUCCUAAACAGGAUGUUUAUGGCUCGUUGUUAUGGUUAAUUUAGGCCACACAGUAUCCCUUACUAGUUGGUGUGGUGGUCACAUUGGAGGUACUGUGGUUCUAAACAUUCUAAUACAACAAAGGAUGUCUCUAUUUUUAAAAAAAUUGUAUCCUAUUUGAAGAGAGGUCUGUUUGUUUUUUCCCCCUUAUUCUUUGCUAGAAAUAACAGAAGAGCACGUGGGCCUAUAAUGUAUGACAACAUGAUCAGGUAUAUCCUGUGAAUAAAUGUCUCCUUAGAUUUACACAAAUUGGCAAUAUUUCACUUUCAGAAAUUGGAAUUUUCUUAUGUCUCGAUGUGAAUUAUAUCUUAAUGUAACAUCAUAGGACUUUUCAACCCAUCAACUUGGCAUUAAAGCUGAGCUGUUUCUGACUAAACAUAGAAUGUGGGUGAUCUGUUCAUUAUUACAUGGAUGAGGCAUCCCAUUCAGUUUUUAAAAAAACAUAGUCCUAAAACUUUAUGGUAGAAAACAAAUGUCUUUUAUCAGCAGUUAUUUCCAUGUGUUUUUUAAUUAUUUUUGCAAGCUGUGAGUUGACUUCAUUUGUACACAACCAUUAACAAAUAUUUUUUUAAACUGUUACAAAGGAAAAUAAAGGCUGUGUUGGGAAAAAAAA